CAAUCUCAUAUCUUUUGCCAAUUUGCUCAUUACUUGAUAGAUAACCAAGCGCCUCCUUCAUCAAUCAUCAAUCAUGGAUGAAGAGUACGAUGUGAUCGUUCUGGGGACUGGUCUCAAGGAAUGCAUCCUCAGCGGCCUUCUCUCUGUUAAUGGCCUAAAGGUUUUGCACAUGGAUCGAAAUGAUUAUUACGGGGGUGCUUCGACUUCACUUAAUCUUAACCAGCUUUGGAAGCGAUUCAGAGAAAACGAUACGCCUCCAGAGAGCCUGGGAGCAAGCAAGGAGUACAACGUUGAUAUGGUACCUAAGUUCAUUAUUGCCAACGGCAAUUUGGUUCGAGUUUUGAUCCAUACAGGUGUUACCAAGUACCUGAACUUCAAAGCUGUUGAUGGCAGCUACGUGUAUAAUAAGAACAAGAUCCACAAAGUUCCAGCAAACGAUGUGGAGGCGCUGAAAUCUCCAUUGAUGGGGCUUUUCGAGAAGCGUCGAGCUCGAAAAUUCUUCAUCUAUGUCCAGGAUUACGAGGACAGUGAUCCCAAAUCCCACGAGGGUCUGGAUCUGACCAAAGUUACUGCCAGAGAAAUUAUCUCAAAAUAUGGGUUGGAAGAUGAUACAAUCGACUUCAUUGGACAUGCAUUGGCGCUCUAUCACGAUGACAGCUACUUGGAUCAACCCGCUCUUAAUUUUGUAAGGAGAAUAAAGGUGAAACUCUAUUGACUUGUGAUAUGAUGGAUAAGAAAGCACAUAAAUUUGCACAAAAACCAUUCAAGAUUUACUCUGAUUUUGAAUUAUUUAGCAUUUAGAAAUUUACGGUUAAGAUUUAGAAUUGAAAGCUUAAGGUUUAGGAUAAUUUAUUGAUUUAGUUGUGAUUUUAUUUUAUAUAAUAAUAUUAGACGAAUGUUAUCAAUUAAAAUUCAAAAUUUGAUGUUGUUGGGACAGCUUUAUGCGGAAUCUUUGGCACGUUUUCAAGGAGGCUCGCCCUACAUCUACCCACUCUACGGAUUAGGCGAGCUGCCUCAGGCAUUUGCACGCUUAAGUGCAGUUUAUGGUGGGACGUAUAUGCUUAACAAGCCAGACUGCAAGGUGGAGUUUGAUGAAAGCGGGAAAGCAAUUGGAGUCACUUCUGAAGGAGAGACCGCCAAGUGCAAGAAAGUCGUGUGCGACCCUGCGUAUCUCUCUGAUAAGGUUAAAAAGGUUGGCAGAGUUGCUCGUGCUAUAUGCAUAAUGAGUCAUCCCAUCCCAAACACACAUGACUCUCAUUCUGUCCAGCUUAUUCUUCCUCAGAAGCAACUUGGUCGUAAAUCAGAUAUGUACCUGUUUUGUUGCUCUUAUGCACACAACGUGGCAGCAAAAGGGAAGUACAUUGCAUCAGUUUCAACUGAAGCAGAGACUGAUAACCCUGAGGCCGAAUUGAAGCCGGGCGUCGACCUUCUUGGGCCCUUGGACGAGAUCUUCUAUGACAGCUACGAUAGAUAUGUUCCUACAAACAGUACUGAAGAGGAUAACUGCUUCGUAUCCACUAGUUAUGAUGCAACGUCACACUUUGAAACGACGGUAGAUGAUGUUAUUGAGAUGUACAGUAAGAUCACUGGAAAGGAGCUCGAUCUGUCCGUCGACUUGAAUGAUGCAAGUGCUGCCGGUGAUGAGUAAAACUUAUAAACAUAAUUUUUCCUAAUAUCUAUUUUGCCCUUUUUUAAAAAAGAAAUUUUCAUUUCCAUUGGGCAGAAAAAUGUGGAUUCUCUGUUUUUUUUUUUUUUUGAACAUUCUCUGGUUUUGGUUGUGAGUGAGAGACUAUUUUAUUAUUCAAUAUAUUG